AUGAAAAAACAAUGGCCUUUUGAUUCGGUUUGGGCCGACAAAACUGCUAUAUUAGCAAACAAAAAAGAAAUCAAGUUACAGGAUCCUCAGACAUCCCAUAGAGGAAGGAUUAUAUCUACAAGAAUCGCUUACAAGGACCACAUGUUCCAUGUCACUAAUGUAUAUGCCCCUCCAAACAACAAAGACAGAAGUGAAUUCUUUGAGGGAUGGAGUCCAUUCUGGGAUGAAGAAUCAAUAAAUAUACUUGGUAGAGACUUUAAUGUUAAUAUAAAUCCUAAGACAAACCAUCCCUUACUCCAGGCUAUUGAUAGAGACAUUCAAGGGAACAUGCUCAAGGCUAGAAUGCUCACAACUUGGAUAAAGCUUAUAUCAGGAGAUACUACGUGGGCCAAGAUAGAAAGAUCAAGGAUCACAAAAUCUUUACAGGAUAAAAAAGACAUCACAAUUUUGCAAGCUUUUAUAGAAAAUCCUAUAAGAAUCAAAGCCUGGCCAUCAGAAUAG